UGACAAUUUGCAUUCUAGAUCUACAACUAUGGUAUAAUGCAAACCACCCCCACUGAAUGAAUGCUGAAUGCUAUGAUUAUACAUGUUUAGUUAAUGAUCUUUACUACAUUUACGGGGGUGAUGCCGUUAGAUUCCCAGCAAUCAUAAUUCUCUUGAUGGCAACUAGACUAAAAGUGAUGGACCUGAGAUGGCUCAUUCUUUCAACAGCUCUUGUGGCAUCUAUACAAGCUCAGUUCGCAGUACAACCAGUGCCAGUGGUGCAGGCCCAAGGGCUGAAUGCAGUGUUUGAGUGUUGGUAUCCUGGAGCAGUAAAUUACAAUUGGGGAUUCAAUGGAGAGUUUCCUACUGACAAUAGCUACCCACCCAAUGUGACUGUUAUUCCACCAUCUAGUGACACCCCAGCAAAACUGAUCAUCCUAACCACAGGCCUGUACAAUAAUACUGUUGUUCAGUGUUUGAUAGUGGUUAUAGUGGAAGGAGAGUUCGUUAGUCAACUGCAUAUAUCAGAAAAUGCUACCUUGCAAGUACAAGGUCCUCUUUCAUCUGUCUCCAACCUCCAUGCUCAGUCAUCAAGCACCAACAUCACAAUCACCUGGGAUGCUCCCUUCUCUCUUAACCUCACAACAGCUGAACCAGACAUACAGUAUUGUAUGGAUGUGUACGAUAGUGCCACUGAUGUUCUACUACACUCUGAGUGUGGUAUUAUUGAGGAACGCUACACCUAUUCCCCUAGCAACCCCUGCUCGACGUAUGCGUUGUUAGUGACACCUAGGAGUAAUCUUGACGGAGCUCUCAAUGGAAGCAUUGCAUGGUUUCUGGAAUUCACAGUGCGGCCAGUAUCAGUGAUACAAGCUGAAGGCCUGAAGGCAGUGUUUGAGUGUUUGUACCCUGGUGCCCUGAGUCACAGUUGGGGGAUCAAUGGAAUGUACCCAGCUGAUGAUGCGUUUCCACCUGAUGUAACUCGUGCCCUACCGUCUGGUGAUACUCCAGCAAGACUGUCCAUUCCAUCAACAGGCCAAUACAACAACACAGUGGUGCAGUGUAGGGCUGUGAUUGAUGUGGGAGGAGAUGCGCAGUUUGUGCAAACAUGUGAUGCUCUUAGCCUGAUGUUAGUACAAGGUAUCCUUACUAAAAUGAUAGCUAUAACUUCACAUUUUUUUAUGCUUUGAGCACUUCAGGUCCACUGCAUGGGUUCUGUUACUGGACUGAGACUGGACACGGUGACCUCUACUUCAUUGACUCUCACCUGGGAUACUCCCUUCUCUCUAGACCUCACCACAGCUGAGCCAGACAUACAGUAUUGUGUGGAUGUGCACAGUGUCCCUGGAAGACAACUGGUGGAGUCAUCAUGUGACAUCAUCGACACUAACUACACUUUCUCUACUAGUGAUCAAGACCAGUUAGUGUUUACAGUGACACCAAGAAGCAAUGUGGAGGGUAGUCUCAAUGGAACCUCCAGUGAACUAGUCGGACCUCCUUCGCAAGCUAACGAUACGAUUACUGACAUCUCACCAUCGUCAUCUCUUCCUGAGUCUAUUCAACCACCCUCUAUUUAUACAAUAGCAGUGUCUUCAGGUGUGACUGCUGUGGUAGUUCUACUCCUACUCUUAGUCAUCGCCAUUUUAACAGCUGUUGUCAUAGUGAAACGAAAACAAAGGAACCACAAAGAUGAUGUUGUUGUAUCAGAUGGAAGAGAGGAUUUGUCAUCAACAUUGCCAGGAAUUGAGCAGCCUAACGAAGCUCAUGUUCCAGUGCUCAAUAAGAACAUUGCCUAUGAGCAGACACGGAUACCAAGACACAAUGAACACACCACCACCAUCGUCACCACGGUAGUAGCAAUGGAGGAUGAGAACACUGAGCCAAGUCAUGAGUACGAAGAAGUAUUACCUAAGGGACAUUUUUAGAACGACUGAGCGUCGCCUCACAUUAUUACAUAAUGUAGUUGUCCCAAAUACACGUAAAAUAAAUU